GACUAGAGUCAAAGUGGGUGCAGCCCUGAGGCUGUGUAACGUGUCUGAAUCAAGCACAGAAGUCAGCUUGCAUUCUGUGAAGUCUGUGAAGUUGAAAGGAACUAUAGAAAGUAUAAACUAUUAAUUACCAAAAAAACUAGAGUGCCUUCCCCUUUAACGUAGCAACUGGACUGCGAACUGAUGGGGGAGAGGAAGUCAGUAAAGAGCAAACUGUCUCUCUCUCUUCCCCCAUGGUGAAGGGAUCUGUGAUGUUAUGGGAAAUGGGAGGAGGAGAUUGGAGUAAAGGUAGAAUUGAGGGCCAGUCUGUCCCUGAAAGCCGGGAGGAGGGCAUCUGCAGCCAGUCUGCAACCAUUAUCAGAACACUUGUAGGCCUGGAAAGAAGAGGAGGGUGCAGGAUGGGAAGCUAGCAUGCUGCAUACUAAGUGUGGGAGUAGCACUGUCUGGCCUACGCUGGGGCUUGCCACCCAUAAACCACUUGUUGACACUGCAGUUUUAAAACUCUGGAUUUUGUGCUGCAACGUGGAGCAGAGUUACAUCAGCUGCUGGGACAGCAGGGUUGGAGAGGUGUGUGCUGGUAGGAGGGAAGAGUUUAGAGUGAGGUUACAUCAGCUUCUGGGACAGCUCUUGGUACACUCUGGUGGAGCUGUUGUGGCUUGUACCGCCAGAAGCUCUGGGAUUGGCUGCUGCAAAUGAGCUGUGUCUGUCUUCAGUUGAGACUGCAGAAAUGUAGUCUGUCUCCUGCCUUCAUUGCAGCUGCUGUUGGCUUCACUGCUGCUUCUGUCAGAAAUUUCUCUCACAUCACAGCAGGACGUGUAAGGUACAGAAAAGAAUUCUCUUAACUGUUUUGAACGCUCUGCACAUAGACUGACACUUGCAGGUGAUAGGAUUUAUGCAGAGCGAUAGAUUGCAUCUGGUAGUCUGUGCUGAGUUAGCUGGACUAACUUCCUGUCUAUGCUUGAGUGCCAUUGUGCCUGCCAGUAACAUAGUUUACCCCUUCAACAAAGUCUGUCCUAUGCAGGUUGCAGGAUAGUUUAGAGCAGGGGUCUGAGGGUCUAUUCCAAACUCUGCUGCAGAUUGGCUGUGUGACCUGGGCAAGUCACUUAAUUUGCAAAAGAAUUGCAUUUCAUAUUUGAGAUACUCAGAUUAAAAGCACUAUAGAAGAGUGUACUAUAUUUAUUCUCUUACUGAAAGGAAAGGUAGGUUUUUCUUCCUUUUCAUAGGGAUCCCUGAUGCCUUUGGAUGCCGAUUUCUCUGGUCUAACUUCUUGCUGGAAUGGAUUCCUGACAUCCUGGGAUACAUUUUAUAUUCUACGUUGUUCACAUCUGGCCCUUGUAAACCAUUAUAAAGCCCGAGUGAAUUUAUUCACUAGCUGUGGGCAAGACCAUGCUUUAUUCUGAGCCCCCUCUUGAUGUGAAUCAUAGCUGUAUUUAUACAAAUAUGUUUUUAGGGCUGAAUUUUCUCAUCUUUGUCUUAGCACAGAAUCUCUUAAGGAAAGGAUUAUUUUGUGGGUGGGAGGCUUUUAGUAUAAUGUCCUGUUUCAGCAUUGAAAGAAAUGCAGGUGCUUUUAAAAAAUAUAUGCAUUUAAAUGCUUUUGGUUUAUUUUUUAAACUUAAACUGUAAGGAAACUAAAUACAAAAAAAGACUGCAACAGUAAGGUUAAGACUCUCAAUACAUCAGGAAAAGUCAAGUUAAAUCCCCAGGGAAGCACUGACUCUGCUUCAUUGUCCCAUUGUCUGUGGUAUAGAUGGUCUAGUGGUAAAGGUGGUAGCUUAGGAAUUGGGAGACCUGGGUUCAUUUCCUUGUUCCACCACAGGCUCCAUGUGUGAUGUUAGGGAAGUUACUUUUAGUCCUUCUGUUCCCUAUUUGUAAAAUGGGGGCUAAUAGUACUUCCCUACCUUAGGGGUGUUGAGAGGAUAAAUGUGUUGAAAGACUGAGAUGCUCACAUACUCUGGUGAUGUGGGCCAUAAAAGGAUGAUGGAUAGAUAUGAUCUCUCAACACUGGGUAACAUAUUCUAUCUGGAAAAAUAAUAAUACAAGGGUGACUUCUCUCCUCUCUCCUCCCCCUCCCCCCCACCAUGCCUUCUGUUAAAUGGGGGUUUCCAAUAUUUAGUGGAAAAUUUCUUUAUAGUUUAGUUUGUAGCUACUAGUCCAAUUAAUCUGGUCUAUGCAGGUUCUUAUAUCACCCUCAUGAACUUAAUAUUAAUGUCUUCCAGAAGUGUAUUAAGCAACGUAUCUAGCAUAUGUGACAUGUUUUCUCCUUCCUUCCUCUUUCUCCUCAAGGGGAAAAAUAUAUGAAGUUUAAAAAAAAUUGGCUUGCUGUACCAUAUUUGUUAUUGAAGGGAAGAUGAAGAAAUGUGCUUUGCGCUUGGUAUGGAAAAUGAUAUCCUUGAUCCUCCCAAACAUCUCACAAUGUUGUGUCGAACUGCUCUGAGCCCCUCCUUCUGCGCCCCUGGACGAUACCUCCUCUUCUCACCGCAGUACAUCACAGCUGUUUCCCAGCCUUAUUUGCCUGUCCAUAACCUGGUGUUAAGGAACGAAUCUAUCCGUUGCUGGAGCAACAUCCCAUUUAUCACCAUUCCCCUCAGUCGUACACAUGGCAAGUCAUUUGCACAUCGCAGUGAGCUGAAACAUGCUAAAAGGAUUGUGGUGAAGCUGGGUAGUGCUGUUGUGACUCGAGGGGAUGAGUGUGGAUUGGCUCUUGGGCGGUUGGCAUCUAUUGUUGAGCAGGUGUCAAUGCUGCAGAAUCAGGGUCGGGAAAUGAUGAUAGUCACCAGUGGUGCUGUGGCUUUUGGAAAACAGCGAUUGCGCCAUGAGAUCCUGCUUUCUCAAAGUGUGAGGCAGGCCCUGCAUUCAGGACAGAACCAGCUAAAGGACAUGGCUAUUCCAGUCUUGGAGGCACGAGCCUGUGCAGCAGCUGGGCAGAGUGGACUGAUGGCUCUCUAUGAGGCCAUGUUUACACAGUACAGCAUUUGUGCAGCUCAGAUUUUAGUCACCAAUUUGGAUUUCCAUGAUGAACAGAAACGUCGGAAUUUAAAUGGGACGUUACAUGAGCUGCUGCGGAUGAACAUUGUCCCUAUUAUUAACACCAAUGAUGCUGUUGUUCCACCUCCAGAACCAAACAGUGAUCUUCAGGGGGUAAAUGUUAUUAGCGUUAAGGAUAAUGAUAGUCUGGCAGCACGAUUGGCUGUAGAAAUGAAGACUGAUCUCCUGAUUGUUCUCUCAGAUGUAGAAGGGCUCUUUGACAGUCCCCCAGGGUCAGAUGAUGCGAAGCUCAUUGACAUAUUUUACCCUGGAGAUCAGCAGUCUGUGACAUUUGGGACCAAAUCCCGGGUAGGGAUGGGAGGAAUGGAAGCCAAGGUGAAGGCAGCUCUAUGGGCCCUCCAAGGUGGCACCUCUGUAGUGAUCGCAAAUGGAACCCAUCCAAAGAUCUCUGGCCAUGUCAUCACAGACAUUGUGGAGGGGAAAAAAGUUGGGACUUUUUUUUCAGAGGUAAAACCUGCAGGCCCUACAGUAGAGCAGCAAGGUGAAAUGGCUCGAGCUGGAGGCAGGACCCUAGCGGCGCUACAGCCUGAACAGAGAGCAGAGAUUAUUUAUCAUCUAGCUGACCUGUUAACUGACCAGAGAGAAGAAAUUCUAUUGGCCAAUAAAAAGGACUUGGAAGAGGCUGAAAGUAAAGGGAGAUUGGCACUUCCUUUGAUGAAGCGACUGAGUCUGUCUACAUCAAAGCUGAAUAGCUUGGCCAUAGGACUUCGUCAGAUCGCAGCAUCCUCACAGGAGAGUGUAGGCCGUGUCAUUCGCAGAACACGAAUCGCAAAAGACUUAGAGCUGGAACAGGUGACUGUGCCUAUUGGAGUCCUGCUGGUGAUCUUCGAAUCCCGCCCUGACUGCCUCCCACAGGUGUCUGCCUUGGCGAUUGCGAGUGGAAAUGGCUUAUUACUUAAAGGAGGGAAAGAGGCAGCACAUAGCAAUCAAAUCCUUCACCAUCUAACACAAGAAGCACUUUCCAUCCAUGGGGUCAAGGAUGCAGUGCAGCUGGUAAACACCAGAGAGGAAGUAGAAGAUCUUUGCCGUUUGGAUAAACUGAUAGACCUGAUCAUUCCACGUGGCUCUUCUCAGCUGGUUAGGGAUAUCCAGAAAGCUGCUAAAGGAAUCCCGGUUAUGGGGCACAGUGAAGGGAUCUGCCAUGUAUACGUGGAUACAGAGGCCAGUGUAGAGAAGGUCACCAGAAUAGUCAGAGAUUCAAAGUGUGAAUAUCCUGCUGCCUGUAAUGCUCUGGAAACGCUAUUAAUUCACCGAGACUUGCUGCGAACACCCUUGUUUGACCAGAUCAUCGAUAUGUUGAGAGUGGAACAGGUGAAGAUUCAUGCUGGUCCCAAGUUUGCCUCGUAUUUGACUUUCAGCCCUUCAGAAGUAAAAUCUCUCCGCACAGAAUAUGGGGAUCUGGAGUGUUGCAUUGAGGUGGUGGACAGUGUCCAGGAAGCAAUUGAUCAUAUCCACAAGUACGGAAGUUCACACACAGAUGUUAUCAUCACAGAGAAUGAGAAAACCGCAGAAUUCUUUCUCCAGCAUGUGGAUAGUGCCUGUGUGUUCUGGAACGCCAGCACCCGAUUCUCCGAUGGAUAUCGGUUUGGACUUGGUGCAGAGGUUGGAAUCAGUACUUCUCGUAUCCAUGCCCGUGGGCCGGUGGGAAUUGAAGGGCUAUUAACUACAAAGUGGUUGCUGAAAGGGGAGAAUCAUGUUGUUUCUGACUUCUCUGAGCAUGGGAGUAUGAAGUUUCUUCAUGAGACCCUUCCUGUCCCUCAGAGAAACACCAACUGAGAGCAUCUGAGGAGAGCACAUGAGUGUGAAAUGUUUACUGAGGAUGUUCAGGCUUCAGAGCUCUCUCUGGGGAGGAGAUUGUACUUUACCUUCGGACACAUUGUCUCUACAUCUUGGCUCCUCCGGGUUUUUCUUGGUCACUGCAGUAAAAUUAAGACAAAGUGAUCAUAUCUGUGCCUGAGAGUUCUUGCUCCUGCUUACGGUUUCCUUGUGCAGCAACAAAUGCAGCUGUUGCAGAUAGGGUACCCUGAUACCACAGCCCUGCACUCUCAAACCAUAGAAAGGUCUCAAAGCCUCUCCUCUGCCUUUUUUCCUUUCCUUGCUCUGUGUGAUACAGUAUGUGUGUGCUUGGUUUUAGGGGUGGAGCCAUUUGUUUUUCUUAAUGCCUUCCUGUUGGUUUAAAACGUCUUUUUUCCUUUUCUGUAACUCUUCAAUUCAGAGAGAAGAUAUGGCAUUUCUGAACUUGUCUUUUUAAGACUUAGGAUCUUGGCAGCUUUUGAAAAUUCAAAAGUGCUGUGACAAUUAUUUUUUUCUGUAUUUAAAUGUUAAAUGAUGCAACUGAAUGAAUAUUCCAAAUGUAUAAAAAUGUUUUGACCAUGAGAUACUUUUUAAUCUUUGAUUUCUUUUAAUUGCUGACUAAUAUAGAUUUCAUAGUUGUAUAUUAUGUGGAUUUCAUUACGCUUUUAUUAAUAUUUGUAACAAAUAUUUUUGCUCUUAGAUUUUAUAUGAAACUUAAUCACCUCCAAAAGAGAAUGGAAACUAUUUUAAUUUCCUUGUUUUUCAAAAUAAAGUUAACGCAAAAUGGU